AUGUUUACUAUUCUUCUUAUUACUUUGGCUACAGCAAAAUACACUGUUGUUUCUAACCCUGAUGGAUCUACUGCGGUAUUCAAAUUUGAUCAAUGCUACUAUAUGAUGUUAGACACUUACGUUAAGUUUGAAGAAAAAGGUGACAAGGUUAAAGGAUACACGUCUAAUAAAUGUGGAGAUUGGGAAGAACAAGGCAGCUCCUCGUCUGGUGAUAUUGAAAUUAGAGAUGACUUGCCAGACUAUUACUAUGUUCAAUAUGUAUAUAACGAUGCCGAUAACUGUGAACUCAGUGAUAGUGAUGGUCAUCCUCUCGAAAACUUAAAUCCACAAUGCACCAAAGUUUUGGGAUUAGUGUCUUACUCUGUAAAAGCUGAAAUUAAAGACAAAAUGAUUACAUUAACACCUUAUAAUUCACAAGAUUGCACUGGAGCUGUUGAUACUACAUUAACUACCGUGACCUACGAACUCGAAAAAUGCACAAAAUCAAAUGGCGUAAACUUUAUGUUUUCUGAAGGUGCAUUUGAAGUCUUUGCGUUCCUCGCUCUUUUCAUUGCUUUCUUGUUUUAA